AUGAUGAAAAGUCAUGAUGAAAUUGUGCUGGGGCAAACAAUCGGCAAGGAAUAUAACGAAUGGAGACUUUCAUAUCCUGGAAAGGAUGAAUUUGUUGCCAACGGCUUGUUCUAUUGCAACCGUCAAGACUGUCUGUCGUCUUUCGAAACGUCUAGAGAUAGGAA